UGACGAGUGGGACAUUCCAAGGACCCACAAGAAAAAGAAGGGAAAAACCGUCCGACCCGCCACCUCCCGAAACUCCGCCUUCGAAAGGCUGGGGGAUAGGGAGGAGGGCUAGAGAAAAUCAGCCAAGCUGAGGCUAGGGCAGAGCGUGGCCCAUGUCAGCGCGUUCGCCCGGCUAGGUGAGAUGAGGGAGGUCGAGCCUGCACGCACCCAACGCUCCCGGUCAAACAGGCAGGAGCCAGCCAGGACGAGGGCCUCUCGCCAGGAAGAAGAAGCAGAAAGCCGGCCUAGGGUGCCGGUGGCUAAUCGGUUAACCACCCCCAAUGAUCGCGUCCAACAGAUGGAGGCAAAAUUGGAGAGGCUGGAGAAGAAGGUUGGGGAGAAGAAUGACCGGGACAAACCCCUCGCGGGGUCCCCGUUCACUACAAGGGUCCAUCUGACACCUUUCCCGCGAAAGGUUAAGAUAGACGCCCCAAGGUUCACCGGUAAGGAGGACCCAGAAAUCCACCUGGACUCCUUCAAUCAGAGUGCAACCAUGAACGGUUGCACAGAUGAAGAAAAGUGCCUCCUUUUCUUCCAGACCUUGCGGAAUCGAGCCACCGAGUGGUUCAACAAGCUUCGCCCGGGAAGCAUUGACUCAUUCAGCGACUUGGCCUCGAAGUUCAAGGCCAAGUUCCAGGAGAACUGUACCAAGAGGAAGAAAUUCACCUAUCUUAGUACAGCCGGGCAGAGGGAAUCUGAGAACCUCACCCAAUUCCUUACCCGGUGGAAAGAGGAGGUAGACAAGGUGGAAGAGAUGGAUGACAAAACCGUCUUAUCUCUCAUCUUGAGUGGCUUACGUGCCGGGGAACUAUAUAAGGAGUUCUGCCGGAAACCCCCGGCCACGUACCAAGAGGCCUAUCACACUGCAUGGGAGUUUGCUGAGGCUGAAACUCAACUCCGGGCGAAGAAGGAAGCCGAACAUGGGUUCAAGCUCAAGCCGGUGCAGGUCAAAAAGGAAGAAGCACCGGUUACCAGCCGGCCAAGGCACCACUAUGACCCGAUCGUUCGCAUGGUCAACGCAGAAGAAUGCCAGGAGGUAAGGAAAGCAACGGCUCCUUACCCGGUCAUUCCUCCGGAAAAUCCUACCGGUCAAGCUGGGCGUCAGUGGUCGGGCACCUAUUGUUCAUAUCACAGGUUAGAUUCCCAUAACACUUCUGAAUGCAAGAGUGUUAAGGGAGUGAUCCGGCAGAUGAUAGACAGCGGGGAACUAGGCAAGGAUUACCUGCAGAAAGCCCAGGAGAAGAACCAUCAAUGGGUAAGACCAGCAACCCAGGAGAACGACCGGGACAAGGACCGGCGGAGGAACAACCGGCAGAGGGAGCAACAGCCUGCCCCUGACAAAGAGCAUAGUGGGAUGAUCUUUGGCGGACCCAAAGGAGGAGAUUCAGCCGCGCAGCGAAAAAACUGGGUUCGCAGCAUUUACGUUGGUGAAGUGAGUGCUGAACCGGCCGGGCGUAAGUAUCCUAGGAGGGAGCCAAUAGUCUUCACUGACCGGGAUCUCCCUCCUACCGGUGAAAAUCACAGUGAUCCAUUGGUCAUCACCAUGGACAUCAACGGGGUGGACGUCGGCCGGGUACUUGUUGACACCGGCAGUAGUGUCAACAUCCUCUACCUGGAGACCUUCCAGAAACUCAGGUUGUGUCGGACACAACUUGAACCCCUCAAAACCCCUCUCUCAGGCUUCACGGGAGAUACGGUGGAAGCUGAAGGGUCCAUAGUUCUACCGGUCGAACUAGGAUCGGGCGAGAAGGCCGUAUGGAAGAAAAUGCGGUUCAUCGUCGUGGACAUCAAAUGCGUCCACAACGCAAUCCUUGGAAGGCCUGGCAUCAACAAGGUCGGGGCGGUGAUUUCCAUGCCUCACCUAUGCAUAAAAUUCAACACUCCAGGUGGUGUGGGUAAAGUGAAAGGCGACCAGAGGAACGCCCGGGAGUGCUAUGCCCGGGCAGUCAAGAAGAUGGCCAAGGGGGUCAACGUCAUCUCCCAAGAAAUCACCAAGGGAGAGACCCGGGAGAAAUUGGAGCCCGAGGCCGAGACGGUGGAAAUCGAACUUCACCCGGGUGAUCCUUCAAGGAUGGUCAGAAUCGGAGCCAAUCUCCCAGAAGACCUCAAGGCGGAGAUUACGCGGGUACUCCGAGAAUACGCGGGCAUAUUUGCUUGGAGCGUGGCAGAUAUGCCUGGGAUUGACCGCUCAAUCAUCUGCCACCGGCUGGCGGUAAGGGAGGGAAGUCGACCAGUACGCCAAAAGAAAAGGUACCUGGCCAGUGACCGGCGAGACUUCGUCAAAAAUGAGGUGAAGGACCUCCUUAGUGUUGACCUACCGGUCACCAAACCCGCCGAACAAUGGUGGGAGAUGGCAGUAGAUGGGGCAUCUGGCCCUAAGGGGUACGGGGGUGGUGUGGUGUUUACCACCCCAGAGGGUUUCAAGAUCUACCAUGCAAUCAUUUUCAAUUCCAAGCUGACGAACAAUGAAGCAGAAUAUGAAGCUCUAACUGGAGGGCUCAGACUUGCCCGAGCCCUGAAGAUCGACCGGGUCAGUAUCAAAUCUGAUUCUAGUUUGAUCGUUGGACAAGUGACCGGUAACAUGGAAGCCAGAGAGGGGCGAAUGGCGCAAUACAAGGACCUGGUACUUGCCUUAUUGAAAGGCUUUGAGGAAUUCAAGAUCGCCCAACUCCCCCGGGCGGAAAAUGCAUAUGCGGACCUUCUCUCCAAAUUGACGCAAUAUGCUCCCGAGCAUGUUUCAAAACUUGCUCGGGUAGAAAUUCUUGAUCAUGCCAGCAUCGAGAAACUGGAAGUAGCUGCCAUAACAGGGGAAGCCCAAUCUGACCGGUCAAACUUGGUCGGGGCGGAUGACCACUGGAUGUAUGAUCUGAUGGAAUAUCUGAUGGACGGGACCUUGCCGGAACAAGAUGACCGGGCAAGAAAAGUGAAGCUCAGGGCGCCCCGGUUCCAAGUCCUUGACGGAAAGCUGUACAAGAGGGCGUUCGGGGGACCCCUCCUGAGGUGCCUAACCAACCGGGAGGCUGAACGGGUCAUAGCAGAAGUCCAUGAAGGUGUAUGCGCGGCACAUCAAAUGUCACGCACUCUUUCCCAGCGCAUCAUCUUGUUGGGGAAUUACUGGCCAACAAUUGUCCAGGAUUGCGAGAGGCUGCCCAUCGAAGCUGAACUCCCAACAUUCCGGGAAUCAAAUUAUCAGCCCCAGCAAAAUGAGGAAGAUCACUUGGCCGAACUCAACUUGGUCGAAGAGCGGAGAAUGGCCGCGGAAGUUAAAAUGAGCACAUAUCAACAAGUCGUGAAGAAGUACCACGACAACAAGGUUGGACCACGAUACUUUCAAGUCGGCGAUGAAGUCCUGCGAAGAAGGGAGGCUAGUAGACCGGGAGACGGAGGAAAGCUGGCCAAAAACUGGGAAGGGCCUUACCGGGUGAGAGCUAUCAUUCGCCCGGGAACCUACCGGUUAGAAACUCUUGAAGGUGUACCGGUAGAAAGAACCUGGAAUUCCCAUCAUCUACGAAAGUUCUACAAAUGAUUGUAGUACUAGGCAAGGCCUACUUUAUUAUCAAUCAAACCGAUGACAUUCAAUACUCUACAUGGUAGCAGCAGAAUUGAUAGG